CAACUUUAACAAAGUUCAUUUCACCAUUAGAAAGGGUGUGCAGCAUAUCACCGGCAGAUACGGGUUGUUCAAUGGAAAGUCCGGCUCCAGACCCCCAGGAUCCUCAUAGUUCCGAAGAAGAACUGGAGGUAAUCAACAAUUCCCCGCGACCUCUCUUAAAAUCAAACUGCCAACCGGAAAAGCGGAAGUGGUCGCAAGUGGGCGAAACGUGCGCUUGCAGGUGCACGCCAGAGAACGAAGAGAACAUUAGCAGGUUUGGUAACUUGACGCCGUCGACAUGCUGCAGCAAGUGUUACGGUGUCUCUUCGACCGGAAUUUCUGUCGUUACCGAAGAGGCCGUCCAUUCGGGAUCUUCCGACGAGGAAGUGCACAAUCUUUUGGCGAGUAUGGCCACUCCCGUUCAGUUUAGGACGUCGCCACCGUUGGAAGCUUUAAAACCUGGAGGGCGAACGCCUAAUAAUAGCAGGAUAAGAACGAUGAGCCCUCCUGCGAAACAAUUACAUUAUGAAGUGUCGCCAAGGAAGAGAUCUCGUCAUACUAAACACGCACACAUGCCUAGGCCGUUUUUAGAUUUUGAAAAAAUGCAACAGUUAACGACUCAUUCUGUGACCGCAUGGAGCCAUACCGCGGAUCACGGGGGUGAGCUUUCGGUGUUCUGUUGGUGAGAGUCGGCGAAAGGGCGAACUUUAACCCCAAGGAGUUUCAACGUUGUGAAGGAAGAGGAAAGGGAGUUGAAGGACGCCCCAGAAGUCGGCCAAGCACGACUACACCAGCCAUCAUUAUCUCAGUGCACUAGUGACCAAUGAAAGAAAAUGAAAAAAAUUAAUAAUAAUAAGAAUAAAAUAAAAAUAAGGAAUCGAACUAACUCACGAACUUU